UUUUCUUUUCCUCCUCUGCUCAUUGUUUUGUGUCUCCUCUGCUUUGGCUCUUUCUUCAUUUACUAUUUUAUCGGUGUUUUCGCAGGUAUAUAGCUUCCGUACAGUACCAUGUCAACUCCACUACGAGUAAUCCAAAAGAACGAAGUCCGUUGGCAAGAUGAGCCUCAGGAUGAUGAUGAUGAUGAUGGCAAAGAUGGCAACAUGAGUGUGAACAGUGCGGACUCGUUGUUGUCUGAAGAGAGCGUGGAAGCCGACGAGGAACACGACGAUUUGGAAGAUGAGCACGAAAAGAUCAAGAAAUCCAUUCUAAGCAAGAAGGACUUGAAAGCCGUGUGGCGCUUACGGUGUGGCGUGACGAUUGUCUUGUUGGGAACGGCCAGUGCCGUGUGUGCGUUGAUCUAUAGCAUUACGGCCACGGGGGACGACGAAGACUUUGAAGCGCAGUACCGCACCAACGCCGUCAAGGUCGUGCAGAGCUUUGAAGCCGUCUUGACCAAGAUUACCAUUAUCAGUCAACUUGCCAUUGCCGUCACGGCCGAAGGCAUUCAACAGCAAAACAAUUGGCCAUUCAUCACUCUGUCGGCUUUUCAGGAACGAGCACGAGCCGCCAUGGACUCGUCGCAAGCGCUCUACGUGUCCAUCAAUCCACUCGUCACGGUAGACCAUUUGGAACAGUGGGAAGAGUUUGUGCUAGAUGGCCAACAGAACCACUGGAUUGCCGAAGGACACGCGUUGCAGCAAGAGUUGGGCAUUGACGACCUCGAAGACGACGAAGCCGUUGCCCGUACGUGGGGCUACCAAAAUCGUACUGAAGUCGUCGCACCCAUGCACACGUUUACCGCCACGGGAUCCCCCAUACUCUCCAGUGGACUCUACCCGGCACCCGAUCUCAUGCUACCGCGGUGGCAAACAUCGCCCGUCCUCUAUGCCAAUUGGGUCAAUGAAGAUUUGUUUCAUCGCAAAGAUGGAGGAGAAUUGGCGCAAGAGUGCUUUGACAAACAAGCCGUCAUUGUAGGGCGCUUUCACAUGGUUCCUCCCGGAACCAUCAAUUCCAGCAAUCUCGAAACGGCGUUCUUCGCGACACUCCGAUCCAUGAAUUCCGGGGCACCCGUUUAUCAUCACGGGGAUCCCAUGGCACACGCUGUAUUUCCCAUCUUUGACAGUCUAUCAUCCACCAAUACCAACACAUCCACCAGUACCAAACAAAUGGUCGCCAUGAUUGCCGCCACGUUUCGCUGGAAAUUCUUUUUCCAAGAGGUCCUGUCCGGAUACGAUUCCGUCACACUUGUAUUGCACAACGACUGCGACGGCGCAUUUACCUACGAAAUUCACGGUCCCAGUGUCCGGCUCGUGGGACAAGGCGAUUAUCACAACACCGAGUUGGACCAUUUCCUGUACGAAGCACGCCUCGAAAACACGGUUUUGAAGGAUGGCACUGUGGAAGGACUCGGGUUUAAUCAAGACAAUUGUCCUUACUCCAUUCGCGUCUAUCCCACGGAUGACUACAAAGAGUCCUUCGAGUCCUACAACCCCGCCAUUCUCACCAUGACCAUUGCCGCCACAUUUGCCGUACUCAUGGUCCUCUUUGGAGUAUACGACAGAAUUGUCGAUCACCGACAAAAACAAGUCUUGCACAAGGCUACCAAAUCCACGGCCCUUGUGGCGUCGCUCUUUCCCAAGCAAAUCCGAGAUCAGCUUUUGGGAGAGGCUACCGGAGGAGGUGCUGGAAAUUUCAAGGGGUUUGAAAACCGUGAUCCAAAUGCACCCAUUGCCGAUCUAUAUCCGCACUGCACUGUCUUUUUCUGCGACAUUGCGGGAUUCACGGCUUGGUCAUCUACCAGGGAACCGGCGGAGGUGUUCGAAUUGCUGCAGACUCUUUAUGGGGCCUUUGACGAAAUCGCCAAGAAGAGGAAGGUGUUCAAAGUCGAGACAAUUGGGGAUUCAUACGUUGCCGUCACGGGCUUACCGGAGGCACAGCCAUUGCACGCGAUCCUCAUGGCAAAGUUUGCUUCGGACUGUAUCGAACGAAUGAAUCGAGUGGUGGGGGUGUUGAGGAAAAAACUCGGACCCGACACAUCCGAGCUGGGAAUGCGGGUGGGGAUGCACAGCGGUCCUGUAACUGCGGGUGUACUCAAGGGCGACCGUGCACGAUUUCAGCUGUUCGGAGAUACGGUCAAUACUGCUGCUAGAAUGGAAAGUAAUGGUGCCAAGAACAAGAUCCAAGUUUCCUAUUCAACGUAUGAUGAGCUAGUGAAGCAAGGAAAAGAACAUUGGUUGACGCCUAGGGACGACCUUGUGCAGGCGAAGGGCAAGGGAGCGAUGCAGACGUAUUGGUUAGUCAUACCAGACAAAAGCUCGAGAGGGGGGUCAACGACACAAUCAUCAUCCGUGCGUUCAGCCAAUAGCGGACAAAUCCCGGGCAGCGUGAUGGUCGGCGACGACGACGAUAUUUGCUGCCAGCACGGUGAGAAGGAGAAAAACAUAUCUCCCGCUGAAGAGGCAGAGAAGGAAUCUCGGCUUGUAGAAUGGAUUGUCAAGACUCUGAAGGAAGAAUUGCAAAAGCUGGCUUUCACGAGGAAGCAAGUGAAGGCAACGACAUUCAAAGCCAAGCAUCCUUACAGACGACAAUCCUCGAUAGAAGAGGUCUCCGAAGUUCUCGUUCUUUCGAAGGUCCCUGCGCCCAACGUCGAUGUUGGAAUGGAUGUUGGGCAGGAAGUGGUCUCCGAGCUCACCGAGUAUGUCCAAGCAAUUGCAAACAUGUACAAUGAUAACGCGUUCCAUUGCUUUGAGCAUGCCUGUCACACAACAAUGGCUGCCAGCAAGUACUUGAAGAGGCUAGUUGCACCUAGGGGCCAUGAGUACAUACAGAGGAUCAAGUCCGACCGGUUAACCACUUUGGCAAUCCUCUUUAGUACGCUGAUACACGAUGCAGACCACCGCGGCGUGAGUAAUAACAGGCUCAUCGAGGAAGACGAGCAGAUUGCGGCCAAAUACGGAAAUAAGAGCCCCGCAGAGCAAAACAGCCUUGAUACGGCCUUCGAGCUACUCAUGGACGAUGAAAAGUUCCAUGCUCUCAAGGAAUGUUUGUUCCAUUCCAACCAAGAUCUGCAACACUUCCGCCAGGUGCUCGUGAACAGCAUAGUUGCUACCGAUAUCUUUGAUGCCGAACUGCAGAAGCUCCGAAAAGAGCGUUGGGAGAAGGCUUUCUCUUCGAGCAAGGAAUACAGAUCGUCUGGAGAAGACUUGGAUGACCUUCGAUCUUCUGUCAUCAUUGAGCACAUCAUGCAAGCCUCGGACAUCUCGCAUACGAUGCAGCACUGGAACGUCUACAGAAAAUGGAAUUCCAAGUUGUUUGAGGAGGUUUACAGUGCCUAUAUUGCUGGGCGCUCCGAGCAGGACCCGUCACGUUUCUGGUACCAAGGGGAGAUUGGAUUUUUUGACAAUUACGUCAUUCCUCUUGCCAAGAAGUUGAAGGAAAGCAAUGUUUUCGGGGUCAGUAGUGACGAGUGUCUCAACUGGGCACUGAAGAACCGGGACGAGUUUCAAGCCUGCGGUGAAGAAAUCGUAUCAGAAAUGAUCCAGGAAGUGAAAAGUAAGUUUCCUUCUUCUGGACCAUCAAUCUCUACAAAAGACAUUACAGAGAUGAUGACGACCGAAAGCGCUUCUAGUUGCCUCGAAGGAAGUGACCACAAGCACAAGACGGUGUUUGAGCUGGAUGUAUAGAGUUUGCUGCAGCUUGCCAUUUGGUAUGUUACGGUAGGGCGUCCUCUGCCCAGAGAAACAUCGCCCAUACCACAAACGACACACGAACAAAACGCCCAGGCAACCGAAGAAAGUGAACAUACGGCAUUGCAACCAAGAUUUCCUUUCUCCGUGGCACCAAGGUGUAUUGUACUUCGCGGGCUUUCGACGGCGAGCCUCCUCCUAGACGUACACGGGAAAGGGAGUGGUUACUAUCUUCCAUGGGCCUUUGGCCGCCUCUUUGCUCUCUAAUGCCACUCUCUGUUCUCUAAACCAUCCCAUGAAAUAGUGCUUUCUGUCUCAUCCAUGUCCGUAGCUGCGUGUCCGUGUUCGAUGCUG